UUUAAAAUAAUAGAAAAAAAGGAACUGUCUAUAAUAGAACGCAUAGAUAAUAAUAGGUAGGUAAUAUUAAAUGCAUAAUAUGAUAACCCUUACUUUAAAGUUUAAAUUUUUGAAGUACAUUGAUUCUGUGAAUUUGUUUAGAAUGGUACAAAUUGAAGAAAAUAGAAGGAAAAUAGGACCAAUUAUUGAGUGUAUAAUUCUAUGUGGUAAAGAAGAGUUGGCUUUGAGAGGACAUAGAGAUUUUGGUGAUAUCUUAGUAGAUGAUGAUUCAAGGCAAGGCCAUUUCCGUGGUAUUCUCAAGUACAGAGCAAAAGGAGAUGAAUUUUUGCGUAAUGUUCUUGAGGGUUCAGGGAAACGUAAUAAAUAUACGAGUCCAAUUAUACAAAAUGAAAUAAUUCAGUCAUGUAACACAAUUUUAUUAAGGAAACUAGUUAAUGUGAUUAAUAAAUCUAAAUGUUUCUCUGUUCUGGCUGAUGAAACAACCGACAUAUCGACUAAAGAGCAACUCAGUAUAUGUGUUUGAUAUAUUGAUAAAAACAAUAAGUUGCAUGAGAACUUUUUACGAUUUUUUGAAAUUGAUAGCUUGACUGGUUAUGACUUGGCUAACUCAAUAUUAAAUGGCUUAAACAGAUGUGGAAUUGAUUGCAAUUAUUUAUAUGGCCAAGGCUAUGAUGGGGCCAGUAAUAUGGCUGGUCGAUUUAAAGGAGUACAGACUAUUGUGAAAUCUAAAUACCCCAACGCUAUAUAAUAUGUACAUUGUGCAGCACAUUCGCUGAAUUUAGCUGUUUCAACAGCUAGUGGCAUAAAACCUAUCAGAAAUUGUUUGGGGGUGAUCGAAAAAGUUUAUAAUUUUUUCAAUACCCCUAAAAGAAAUUCUGUUCUUUUAAAUACCAUUGAGAAUUCAAAUAAUGCACCCCAAGUAAAACAACUCAAACGGCUUUGUGCUACUCGUUGGAUUCAACGUUAUGAUUCUGUAAAUGAUUUUUCUGAACUAUUUCCAUUUGUUCUCAAUGCGUUAGACAUUAUAUCUGAUUGGAAAGAAUCAACAGAUGCUGAAAUGCUUCAGAAAGCGUUAAAAGAUUCAGAGUUUAUGAUUUCUUUGAUUGUUAUAAAGGUAUUAUUUUCUUAUGGACUUCCGCUGUGUAAACAAUUGCAAAAAGUUCAAAUUGAUUUGAAAAAGACAAUACUCAUAGUAGAAAAUGUAAUAGCUACUUUAAAAUGUAUCAGAGAAAAUAAUGAAAUAGAAUUCAAAAUUAUCUAUAAUAAUGUCAAAAAAAUGGCAGCUGAUGUUGGAAUUGAAUUGCUAGAGAAAAGAAUUUCUUCUAAACAAACACAUAGAGCUAAUCCAAAUUUACAAAAUCAUUCUACCGAACAAUACUAUCGUGUAACAGUAUUUUUACCAUAUAUUGAUUACUUUAUAUCACAACUUACUGAGCGUUUUAUAAAUCAUAAAAGUAUUUUUGAAGGGUUCGAUUGCAUUUUUAAAACCCAGCCAAUGCCACUAGAGAUAAAUGACCGAGAACAAUUUAAUAAGCUUGUGAACAUAUAUUCACCCGUUGUAGAUAAAUUCAAUAGCAUAGCCGAAUUCAAUAUGUGGAAAACAAAACUAUUUACAGAUAAUAUCAUUCUUAGUUCAGGAUUACAGGCAUUAGAAAUUUGUGAUAAAGAAUUUUAUCCCAACAUUUACAUGUUGAUAAAAAUAUUUUGUACGCUUCCAGUGUCAACAACAACUCCUGAACGAUCAUUCUCUAAUUUAAAAAGAAUUAAAACUUAUCUCAGGAAUAGUAUGAAUGAAACUAGACUGAAUGGAUUGACUCUAUUAGCAUGCCAUACAGAAACAAAGAUUACACCAGAUGAAGUCAUUGAUGAAUUGUCUCUGAAAAAUAGAAGACUGGAGUUUGUUUUGUAAAAUCACUGCAAAUAAAUGGCUAUAUGUGCCUAUGUGUUAUAUAUACCUAUGUAGAUAAUAGAUAUCAAUGAUCAAUAUAAUUAUAUGAUAUUUUACAUUUUUACAGAACAAAUUAUUAAUUAGCUAAAUAUUUUAUAAAUUUAUUUCAUUGUGUUGAUUAUUAUAAAUCUAUAUUAAGCUAUUAAUAUAUUUUUUAUUCAUUAGAUUAUUAUGUUAAACUUAAAAUGCUAUUCAUUGAUUAAUAUUGUCUUUUAAAAUACCUAUACUUGAUUAGUGA